AUGCAUGGCUUGAGUAGUUCUUCGGAUUUUUGGGUUUUAAAGGGACUCCAUCAACCAUUGGCAUUUCUGUUGGCCGCAAAUGGCUAUGAUGUUUGGUUGGGUAAUACUCGUGGAAAUCCUUAUGGUUAUGAUCAUCCGGAAAUAUCUAUGAAUUCUCGAAAAUUUUGGCGUUUCUCUUGGCAUGAAAUUGGUGUCGAGGAUUUGCCCAGCACCAUCGAAUAUAUAUUGGAUAUAACUCAUCAGAAAACAUUGCAUUUUGUCGGCCAUUCGCAGGGAUGUACAAGUUUGUUUGUUUUACUCACCACAAUGCCCGAGUAUAAUGACAAACUAAGAUCGGUACAUUUGCUGGGCCCAAUGGCCUAUGCGAGCCAUAUGCGUUCGCUGUUGGCUCGUACAACCGCACUUGUCAUUGGAAGAUUUUCCCCAUUGGAUCCGCUCUUUGGUGAUACUGAACUUUUUCAAAAUCCAAUUUUACUUAAACUCUCCGGCUUUGAGAGCUGCCGCAUAACAGGGGGAGCACUGAAAAUAUGUCCCCUUUUGUAUUUUCUGGCAUUCGGUGGCGAAUCGGAUUAUACUUUGAAGUCCGUUUAUCCCGACUUUUUCGAAACCCAUCCGGCCAGAUGUUCCACCCAUCAAGGCAUACAUUUUCUUCAGCUUUAUAUUUCCGGUUAUUUUCGUCAGUAUGAUUUUGGUGCCGAGGGCAAUCGUCUACGUUAUGGUCAAGAUGUACCGCCGGAAUACGAUUUGUCUAAGAUAAAUCCAAGAUUUCCAUUGCAUCUGUACCAUAGUAAAGGUGAUGCGUAUUCUGCCAUCGAGGAUGUACAACGCCUGAGUGCAGUUUUGGGUAAUCGAAGUGUUCGACAUUUUAUCGAUUUGGAUAAUUUUGCCCACAUGGAUGUUGUGUUGGGUUACAACGCUUAUGAGGCUGAUCGGAUAGAAUACUGGGGCUUCACGAGUGAAAUACAUAAUGUGACAACAGGAGGUGGUUUUACUUUCAGUAUAUUCCGCAUAAAACCAUCUGCAUCCCAUCAAUCACAGGGAGCACGACCUGUGGUCCUAUUGAUGCACGGCUUGAGUAGCUCCUCGGAUUAUUGGGUUCUAAAAGGACUCCACCAACCAUUGGCAUUUCAAUUGGCCAAUAAUGGCUACGACGUUUGGUUGGGCAAUACUCGAGGAAAUCCCUAUGGCUAUGAUCAUCCGAAAAUAUCUAUGAACUCUCGAGAAUUUUGGCGUUUCUCUUGGCAUGAAAUUGGUGUCGAGGAUUUGCCCAGCACCAUCGAUUAUAUAUUGGACAUAACUCAGCAAAGAACAUUACAUUAUGUCGGACACUCGCAGGGAUGUACAAGUAUGUUUGUUUUACUCUCCGAGAUGCCCGAGUAUAAUGAAAAACUAAGAUCCGUACAUUUGCUGGCCCCAGUGGCCUAUGCCAACCAUAGUCGUUCGACAUUGGUUCGUACGACCGCAAUUGUCCUUGGAAGAUAUUCCAUUUUGGAUCCGCUCAUUGGUGAUAGUCAACUUUUUCAAAAUCCAAUUUUACAAAAACUCUCCGGCUUUGAGAGCUGCCGCAGAACAGGGGGCGCAUUAAAAAUCUGUCCCCUGUUGUAUUUUCUGGCAUUCGGUGGGGUAUCGGAUUAUACUUUGAAGUCCGUUUAUCCCGACUUUUUCGAAACCCAUCCGGCCAGAUGUUCUACCCAUCAGGCAAUACAUUUCCUCCAGCUUUAUGUUUCCGGUUAUUUUCGUCAGUAUGAUUUUGGCCACCGGGGCAAUCGUCUACGUUAUGGCCAAGAUGUACCGCCAGAGUAUGAUUUGUCGAAAAUUAAUCCUAGAUCUCCCCUGCAUCUGUACCACAGCAAAGGUGACACUUUUUCAGCCAUAGAAGAUGUUGAACGCCUGAGUGCAGUUUUGGGUAAUCGAAGUAUUCGUCAUUAUAUCGAUUUGGAUAGAUUUGCCCACAUGGAUUUCGUGUUGGCUUACAACGCUCAUGAAGUUGUCAAUCCAAAUAUUUUGAGAGUUAUGCAGCAAAUGGAUGCCAAUUUUUCAGAAUAAAUUGAAAA